CCGUCGCGUGUGAAAGUCGUCAUCUUUAAGCUCACAAGUGUGGCUGAGAAGUAAUAAGCCACACGUUUACACAUUUAAUGCUGUCGGGACAAUCGUUCUUCGCCUAUUUGAUAACAUAAAAUGUCUUCACUGCUCAAGGUGCAAAAUGAACUUAAAACCAAGGUUGAUGCUUUCAGGGAACGGAUCACUUCAGAAGCAGAGGAUCUAGUUGCGAAUUUUUUCCCAAAGAAGUUGCUGGAACUUGAUCACUUCCUAAAGGAUCCAAUCAUAAACAUUGUGGAACUGAAGGAAAUACACUCGGAGAUAAACCUGACGGUGCCAGACCCCAUCCUGCUCUCAAACCUGCAUGACGGACUAGAAGCGCAAAAUGCCAAAAAGAGAAAGCUGGAGGAUGGGGGUGGAGAGGACAUGGUGACUGGCACCAAGGUCUUUGUCAUGCCUGGUGGGAUGAUGAAGAGCAACGGGAACCUUGUUGAUCUCAUUGAAAAGGUCAAACCAGAGAUCAGGACACUGAUAGAGAAAUGUAACACGGUUAAAAUGUGGGUUCAGCUGCUUAUCCCCAGGAUAGAGGACGGCAACAACUUUGGAGUUUCCAUCCAGGAGGAGACAGUAGCUGAACUUAGAACAGUUGAAGGGGAGGCAGCAUCUUACCUCGACCAGAUAUCACGAUACUACAUCACAAGGGCAAAGCUGGUUUCUAAAAUAGCAAAAUAUCCACAUGUGGAGGACUAUCGGCGCACAGUAACCGAGAUUGAUGAGAAGGAAUACAUCAGUCUGAAGAUCAUAGUUUCGGAGCUCAGAAAUCAAUACGUAACAUUACAUGACAUGAUCCUGAAGAACAUUGAGAAGAUCAAGAGGCCUCGAAGCAGUAAUUCUGACGCAUUGUACUGAUGUUCAUCCAGCCAUCUCAGCCUCCAUCUCCCACCUCCACCCCUGUCUCCCUGCCAUGCCUGUUGAGCUAUAGUAGCCUGACACUGGUCCACAGGACUACAUCUAGACAUUCACCUACUUCAGUACAAUCAAUACCGCCCAGUACGAAAACAUAGCUUCCAUAGAUGGACUCAACGCACAUGGUUUUUGUUUUAAUUGUAAAAUAUUUUUCUUAUUUCAAACCAUUUGAAGGAAAAUGGAGAGAUAGAUCAUAGACAACAAAAAGCGCUAUGUAUUUUUUAAUUUUAAUUAAACAUUUUGUCCUCAGAUCUUGGUGAAAUUGCUUCAUUUAUAGCUCUUAAGAAACAUUCAGAGCGAAGUGGUUUGUUUCAUGCCUACUGCUUCACUGAAUGCACUUAUUUAUUAGGGUCCUACUGCAUCCGGAGGAUGGUUUUAUAGGAUAUGCGCCACAAAAUAAGUUUUGUUUUUUCUCUGAAUGUUACCUUACAGUUUAGUCGUAACAAAUAUGUAUACUACGCAGGUUUUAGGUCCACAGGCUUAUUGGUUUUCAGUGAAAAUGCAUAAGUCACCAAAGCAUCUCUUAUGUCGAGGCAUUGAUUCUAUUGAAUAAACAAGUUUUUGAUAAAAUUA